GCGUGGCUCCAACCCACGCUGUGCCAGCCAAAGAGGUCCAAGCGCGCGCUGGGACACUUCCUCCGCGCCAGACCCGGGUCGUGUGAACGGAAGUCAGACCCGUCUGCGACUAGGGGCGGGGGCAGGCCCCGCCCCGAUCCCUACAGCAGAAGCCGCGCGGAGAAACGAAGCGGAAGCCCCGCGUACCCCCACACACCACUCCGGCGAGGGGCCCUCCGUGUCAUGGCCGCCGACAGUGACGAUGGCGCAGUCUCAGCCCCAGCGGCCUCUGAUGGUGGUGUCUGCAAAACCACAAAAUCUGGGGAGGAGCUAGUAGUCCAGGUUCCUGUGGUGGAUGUGCAGAGUGACAACUUCAAGGAGAUGUGGCCAUCCCUCCUGCUGGCCAUAAAGACAGCUAGCUUCGUGGCUGUGGACACGGAACUGAGUGGGCUUGGGGACAGGAAGAGUUUGCUGAACCAGUGCAUCGAGGAACGUUACAAGUCCGUGUGUCAUGCUGCCAGGACCCGUUCUAUUCUCUCCCUGGGCCUCGCCUGCUUCAAGCAGCAGCCAGAUAAGGGUGAACACUCAUACCUGGCUCAGGUGUUCAAUCUGACCCUGCUAUGCAUGGAAGAGUAUGUGAUAGAACCAAAGUCUGUGCAAUUCUUGGUACAGCAUGGCUUCAACUUCAACCGGCAGUAUGCUCAGGGUAUCCCUUACCACAAGGGUAAUGACAAGGGUGAUGAGAGUCAGAGCCAGUCAGUGAGGACACUCUUCCUGGAGCUAAUCCGGGCCCGCCGGCCCCUGGUACUACACAAUGGUCUCAUAGACUUGGUGUUCUUGUACCAGAACUUCUAUGCACACCUUCCCGAGAGCUUGGGAACCUUCACUGCGGACCUGUGUGAAAUGUUCCCAGCCGGCAUUUAUGACACCAAGUAUGCUGCUGAGUUUCAUGCCCGCUUCGUGGCCUCCUACCUAGAAUAUGUUUUCCGGAAAUGUGAGCGGGAAAAUGGGAAGCAGCGGGCAGCCGGCAGCCCACACCUUACCCUGGAGUUCUGCAACUAUCCUACUAGCAUGAGGGCCCAUAUUGACUACCGCUGCUGCAUGCCCCCUACAACCCACCGUCCUCAUUCCACCAGCAUCUGUGACAAUUUUUCAGCCUAUGGCUGGUGCCCCUUGGGACCGCAGUGUCCUCGGUCCCAUGAUAUUGACCUUAUCAUUGACACUGAUGAGGCUGUGGUGGAGGACAAGCGGCGACGGCGGCGACGUAGGGAAAAACGGCGGAGGGCUUUGUUGGGCCUGCCUGGGAAACAGACCUCUGAGGAAAAUGAGGAUGGCCCUCCCAUGAAGCAGGUCUGUGGGGAUGGCCUCAAGGCUGAGGAAAUUGAUCAGGAAGUGGCUGAAGAUGAGACUAGGAGCCAGCCUGGCUUGGAGAAAGGUCACAAAAAUGACUUGGAGAUGGGGCUCAAAGCAACAAGGCUGGAAACAGCUGAUGUGGCUACCUCAGAAGCGCCAGGAGGUCAAACCAAUCCUCACCCAGUGGCUGGGGAUGGGUUGCAUCGAGCUGGUUUUGAUGCCUUUAUGACAGGUUUUGUAAUGGCCUAUGUGGGAGUGAGCCAAGGACCCCAGAUCUGUAGCUCUGGACCCUGGCUACCUGAAUGCCACAACAAGGUAUAUCUGAGUGGCAAGGCUGUACCCCUCACAGUGGCCAAGAGCCAGUUCUCCCGUUCCUCCAAAGCCCACAACCAGAAGAUGAAGCUGGCUUGGGGCAGCAGCUGACACAACUUCUGCCUAGCACUCAGGGCCCAGGACGAGAACUGAGAGUGGAAUACAAGUGUCUGGGUCCCUCUAGCUUGUGAAUGACAGAGUUGGGGGGGUCAGGGGGUGGGGUCCUGGCAGAGAUACUGCUGCAUCUGUCUUGGACCUUCUCCUUUACCCCAGAGGAUGAGGAACAAGGGUACACGUAAGAAGGCUGACUAACACCUGUAACACCAACUUUAUUUAUUUUUAAAUCUGAAAGUGUCUUGGGAAAAAGUAUUACCAAAAAAUCAACAGAAACAAGUUAUGAAAAUAUUU